AAUCUAUUUUUUUGUCUUUUUGUGUUUUUAAGUUUCUCGAUAAGUUUCACUAGUUUCACUUUUCUUACUCAUAUUUUCAAAAAACCAUCUUUUAGUUUUAUCAGUCUUAUGUAUUUGUCCUGUAUGCUAUUUCAUUUCUGCCUUUAUUUCCUUCCUGCUUAUUUUGCUCUUGAUCUUUUCCAUUAUUUUGAAUUGAAUGGUUAACUUGUAGAUAUUUAAACCUCCUCAUUUCCUCAUCAUAGUAUUCAAAGCUAUAAUUUUCUUUUAGGUACAUGUUUCCCCGUGUCCCACAAAUUUUGCCUUGUGUGGUUUAUAUUAAUUCGGUUUUAGUAUUUGAUAUCCUUUAUAAUUUCCAUUUUAACCCAUGAGUUACUUAACUUCCCAACAUAGAAUUACUUUUAAUUAACCUUUAAUAUUACUUUUACUCAUUUUGGUGAGAGAAUUUAGUUUGAAUGAAAUAGACCCUUCAGAAUCUAGUUUUACUUUAUAACCUAAUACAUUAUCUGUUUUCAUGUGUGUGUAUGUGCACUCUCAAAUACCUGUUCUGUUUGGUAUAGAGUGCUGACUACUGACAUAACAUCUAAAGUGUAUUAAUAUUUUGACUGCUGUCAGGCUUCUUCUGUCUCCUGCUUAUAUAGUUCUGUCCAUUGUUACUUGAGAAAUUUUGAGGAUGUGCUUUCAGGAUCAUAAAUGUUUAUGAUGAGUACUAUAUAAUUUUAUUCUGUUCCUUUUACUGGUGUUAUUGUCCUUUGUCCCUUAGAUCUUUUGACUUGAAAUCUUUUUUUUGGGUAUUAAGAUUGCUUCUCAGCUUUAUUUUGGUCCACAGUUGCCUGAUAACAUCUUUUUUCAUUCUUUUACUUUUUACCUUUCUGUGUCUUUUUGCUUUGAAGUAUCUUCUGUUGAUUGCAUAUUAUUGAAUCUUGUUUUGUUUCUUUUAAUCCAAUCAGAGUGUCUGUCUUUUAACCAUGAGCUUAACCUGUUUAUAUUCAUUGUAAUUGUAAUUUCUGCUAUAUUAAGAAUUAUUUUUUAAAAAAGGAAUUAUACCUGGUGAGGGAAAAAAAGAGAUUUAUAUCUCUCUCUCAUAUCUAUAGAAUAUGGUUAUAUGACCACAACCUUUGGGUCCCAGCAAGAGUCCUAAGUAGCUCUAUAGCCAGGACAGGUCCUCUAAAACUAAUCCCAACAAACUCAUCUAAAGGGUAAAAAGUACCUUUUACAGCUCUCUGUCUGGAGUUUGGGGCAUAAAGGAACUGCUUUUGCAGAAAUAAUUUUUGGGGAUAGAACAGUAUACUAAAAAAUAAACUGACCCAGAUAUGUACCAAUAAACGAUUAGGAUGACCCCAGGCUCUCCUUCCCAGGAGUCAUUCCCAGUAGAAGAAUCUGCCUAAGAGUAAGACAGAGAGAUGGAAAAGCCCAGUAAGUGUUCAUGUUCAGCACCCAUGUUCUUAAAUACUCCAUAUAAAGUUAGAUGGAAAGUAAUGUUACCCAUUGCUUUCAGGCUUUAAUAUCAUUUCUCUAGUCUUUUCAUUCACAGGUUAAAGCUACCUUUCCAGAUAGUUCAACAACUAAGUCACCAGUUUCCAAGGGCAUUUGCACCACCUCUGGAGAACAUCGGAUCCGUGUAAACCAGAUGUCCCUGACAACUCAUCCACCGUCUCCCUGCACAAAAUUUGUACCACCAGCGGACAACAAAGGCAACCAUUGUUUCUUUUUGUUACCAAGUAGAUAUAAUAUCCCUACCAACAAAACAGAAUACACAGUAUUGUAGAAGUGUCUCCACAGUAUCACGACCAAUUGAGAACAGGCUAAGAAAAUCAGCUUGCCUAGAUGAGGACCCCUUCUCUUCUUGGGUAGCCAGGAUUUGAAGGAGAGACUCUGACCUGUACCACACUGCUGGUAAGUGACUUAACACUUUUACACACUGAACUGGUCCUGAGAACUGAGAUGUCUUCUUUGUAAGUGAAGAAUAUACAACAUAAUCUUGAAGAACUGCAGUGUGAUAAUGAGCCAAAGGCAUACUGUGUGUGUGUAAUGGACUGACAAGAUUAAUCUUGCUGAAGGAUUUUUCUACCUUUUGUUUCUAUUUGCUAGUUUUAGUCAAUAUUUUGCUGGCUUAGAUUGUUACCUUUUUCUAGUUUCUUCUGUUCUAAUCUAAUGGGUCCCAGAAAUCCCUCUCCUGACCCCUUAUCAGAAUCAGAAAGUGAGGGAGAAGAAAACGCUAACUACCUAAAUGAGAGUUCUGGGCAAGAGUGGGAUUCCUCUGAAGAAGAAGACCCUGUGGUGCCCAACCUCACACCUCUUGAGAGUCUUGCCUGGCAGGUUAAGUGCCUUUUAAAAUACUCUACAACUUGGAAACCUUUAAAUCCUAAUUCCUGGUUAUAUCACGCUAAACUCUUGGAUCCAAGCACACCAGUCCAUAUACUUCGAGAAAUAGGUCUAAGACUCUCCCAUUGCUCCCAUUGUGUACCCAAACUGGAACCCAUUCCUGAAUGGCCUCCUCUGGCUUCUUGUGGAGUCCCACCUUUUCAAAAGCCCCUUACAAAUGCCAGUCGGCUUUCUAGAGAUCAUGCCACUCUUAAUGGAGCGCUGCAGUUUGCCACCAAACAGCUAAGUCGAACAUUGAGUAGGGCCACUCCCAUACCUGAAUACCUAAAACAGAUCCCUAAUUCAUGUGUUUCUGGUUGUUGCUGUGGCUGGUUAACUAAAACAGUUAAGGAAACAACCCGCACUGAGCCCAUCAACACUACAUACUCGUACACUGACUUCCAGAAGGCAGUUAACAAACUCUUAACCACAUCACUCUAAAGACCCACCAUUUGUUCUGAUCUCUCUCAUAUUGCUCAUUGAGGAAGGAAGUGCAAAGUCACACAUACCACAGUUGAGAAACAAAUGCCUUUUCAACCAAACCAUGCCCUAUCCUACAAGCCCGUAAGUACUACCAAGUAUAAUGGUCCCAUAACUCAGCUAUAGAAAAUGUAUGGUGAGCAUGCCCUUUGACAGACCCUGUGGAUAAAAAGAGAACUUCAGUAGAAAAUUAGACCAAAGGGACCAUAUUACAAAAGUUAGGUAGACUCUUGUCCAUACUCAGUUCCCCCACCAAUUUGUUCUGCCUCUCUGAAUGGACUCUUGACCCGAUGUCUCAUUGUGAACAGAAAGGAAGAAGUAGUAGCUCCCUAUCCCUUUUGUUACCUAACCUUCAGACUAGCCAGUGGGGAAAGAAGGAACUUAGCUACUCCCAAUAACACCUCUCUGAGCAUACUCUUUUCUACCAUUAGUGUCUGUGAGACAGUUGCAUGAAUUUGAAUUCCCUAGACAAAAGAAAAUGGUGGGGCUAUGGAUUUAUCUCCCAGCUUUUAUACAGAUAGGCUAUAUAUGGCACCCUUUAGGGUUCCUGUUUUGGGGGGAGGGAGUGCAGUUUCAAACCUAGGCUGCAUUUCUUCAGGCCUGUUAUAUAGUACCUGCAGUUACAGUAUAAACCUUUAUAUCAUAGGUUCCCACCAUGCUGUCUCUAGCUACAUUGGCCUAAAGAUUGCAACCAGGGGUUAAACAGACACCUGUUCUGCAGGGAAUAGGUUUCCCGCAUCUUGGCAUUCAGACUUUAGUCAAUAGCACAUCACAUUUUAAAAGACCAAUGGGAAAAGGAUUAAGGGCAUUUAUGCUUUCAAUAUUAACUGCUAGUGAAUUAAAAUAUUUCAUCUGUAUAACGUUCUCAGCAGUACUUUAUGCACUCUUUACAUCCAUAGAAAUUUCAGGAAGUCUUCUAACUUUAAAGAACUUACCACUAUAGUAUAUCUAUCAGAAGUUGGAGUUUUUAGCUUCAUUGUUUUUCUACAUAGAUCAGCUUCAGAUUUUCUUUAGCUCAAUAAGGAAGAGAAUGUACCCUUGUAAAUGAAUCUUGAUGCAUUUAUUUAAAUGAAUCAAAACAUAGAAAUCAUACAUAAAAGAAGAUGUAUGGGACCAAUAAAUCUUUUCACAUGUCUACCAUAGAAUAAAACCUGUGUGUGUGAUCCUGGUUGACUGGGCAUCUAAAAGGAAUCAGAAAAUAGAUUGUUAAAGAUCCUAUAUCCUUUCAUUUUACUUUUACUUUUUCCUGUUCUCCAUAAUUAAGUACUGUAUAUGAUGUGGCAUGAAAAAAAAUGGAAGCAUUAAUGACAUCACAAAUUCUAUACAUGUAUGGCAACUUUAGGAGACAGGAGAAUGUUUAUAAUCCAAUGAAUAUUUCUACUGAGCCUUAGUUCUCAUGUCUUAAGGAAAAAAGAGGGACUUGUAGUAGGUAGAAAAGAUAUUUGUUAAUGGAAAGUUACUGAAAAACCAUAUCAUACUGUUAGUGUAACUGAAUGUAUCGGAAACUGUUCCUAUGUAUGGAUGUUCUGUGAAAUUGGGUUUUUAAAGUGUUAUAAGAACCUGUUCCCUUUUUUUUUUUUAAGGGGGAGGAGGGAAGAGGUAGGGAGGUCUGAAAAUUAAAAUAUAUUGAUGUUUAUGUAACCAUAAUAUGUUCCUUUUUCUGUGUAUGUAUAUAAAAGUGCCUUGCCAUGAAGCGUUUUUACUAUUCACUCUGAAAGGAAGCCUUUCCCCAGCUCUGCAGCUGAAUAAACCAACAGCUUUGUACAUGCUGAACAGAGUAUAAUCAUUUGUUCCCAACAAAUGAGGUAGACCUUGCUUUUCUUAAAGCAUAUUCAAUAUUCACUAAGUGCUGAAUAGAGUCAACUGAUUGGAUAGAUAGGUAGAUAAAGAAAGAAAGAGAGAAAGAAAGAAAAAGAAUAUAGUGUUUCUGAUAGGAGGUGACUUGGCAGCUCUAGAAAAUCAAACAUACUUGUAAAAGAAAAUAUUCAGUCAAGACCUGGAUUUGAACCCAUUUGUUUGUAUAUGUUAAAUAACUACAGGUUACACAAAAUGAGAGAUACCUGAAAAAGCCUUAAGCCUUUACUUCUUUUUGUGUGCCAUGGACCUGGGGUUAGGGGUGGGUUUACCACUUUCACCCUCCCCCCACAAGGGAUUAGGAGAAAUGACAAAUUUACAAUGUUUUCAUAGAAAUAUUUAUCAAAGGAAACAGGAUUUCUAAAGCAACAGACAUUAAUAUUAUUUAAAGGUAUUCUCACAGUGCAGAUAGGCAGCCUCUGAAGCAGUCCAGAUACUUAGAGCACAGAAGACCAUAAUCAUGUCUUUUAAACCCAUCAGCUUUCCUAAGAGAAGGAAAAAAUUGGUAUGUAUCUGAUGAGGGACAGAUUUAAGUUGCCUUUUGGGGAUUAUCCUGAUGGGACUCCUAUCAUAAGUAUCCAUUUAAAAAAAUUUCUCUAUGAUGAAAAUAUUCUGGUAUUAAAGUAGAUUAGUAAAGCUGUUAGGGAAUUUAGAAAUCAGUUGGGUUAUUUCCUUACUGAUUCAUAAAUUCUCUCUUCUGUCUCUGUUUUCUACUUUUGCCUUCAGUUUUAGAAAAAUUAAUGCCUUUUGGAGCAGGCCAUUACGUUUACAUGUCUCUUGUUAGAAAUUUAGUCAUUCAUCUAAUAACAGUAUGGAGUGCCUACUAUCCAGACCCUGGGAGUGCAAAAUUAAAUAAGGUACUCUACAUAAGAAGUUUUAAAAUAUACUGAACUGGGGUGUCUGGUUGGCUGAGUCGGUUGUGCAUCCGACCUCUGCUCAGGUCAUGAUCUCAGAGUCCUAG